AUGGAACCGCCUUUGGAUAAUGAGAAACUUUUCAGACCAUCCUAUAUUGCUAGUGUUGAGCCAUCUCAAAUAACAGGACUGGUAAAUGUGGAGGAUAUUAAAGCAGAUCUCUCUGCUGAAUUUUCUUUGGUUUCUUCAAGCUCAGAUACAAGCCAGAGGAGCAGUUUGGAGUCUAAGGGACACAUACAAGUUUGCCUGCGUAUUAGGCCAUUUACAUCGUUGGAAAGAGAAAAUGAAUUGCAGGACUGUGUUUCACUUGAAGACUCAACAAGCAUCAUACUGAGGCCCCCAAAAAACUCUUUGAGUCGACUAAGUGAAAAAACUGCUGGACAGAUGAUACAGAAGUUCACUUUUUCACGAGUGUUUGGACCAGAAACAACUCAAGAAGAAUUCUUUGAAGGUACCAUGAAGCAACCAGUGCAAGAUUUCUUAGAUGGAUAUAAUCGUCUUAUUUUUACAUAUGGCGUUACAAAUGCUGGGAAAACCUACACAUUCCAAGGGACAGAAGAUGACGUUGGUAUUCUGCCAAGGACUAUGGAUAUGUUGUUUAAAAGUAUUCAAGGAAAGCUAUACACAGCAAUGGAUCUCAAACCCCAUCGGUGUAGAGAUUAUAUAAAGUUGACUAAAGACCAAGUGAGAGAAGAAACUGCUAUUAAAAAUUCAAUACUUCGCCUAACAAAAGAGAUCAAUUUUCACUUAUUAAUUCUUUUAAAUGACAUUAACUUUACUACGCCUAUAUUGACUUGUAAUAUUUUGUACUUGGCAGAUUUAGAAGAACUCUUAAAGGACUCGGAAGAAUCUAGCACAACUGUAAAAAACUACAUGAAGUUUUCUGUUUGGGUUUCAUUUUUUGAGAUUUACAAUGAAUGUUUUUAUGAUCUACUGAUUCCUAUAUCAAAUGACAAGAAAAGAAAAACACUACGCCUUGCUCAAGACAUCAAGGGAUGUUCUUAUGUAAAAGAUCUGCAGUGGAUUCAGAUUUCUGAUUCUAAAGAAGCUUUUAGACUUCUAAAACUGGGGUUGAAACACCAGAGUAUUGCAAGCACGAAACUAAAUACUUGCUCCAGCAGAAGUCACAGCAUAUUCACAGUUAAGGUACUGAAAAUUGAAGAUUCAGGAGCACCACGAGUGACCCGAGUCAAUGAAUUGUCAAUGUGUGAUCUUGCUGGUUCAGAAAGGUAUACCAAGACCCACAAUGAAGGUGACAGAUUAAAAGAGAGUGGAAAUAUAAACACCUCUCUCUUGAUUCUAGGCAAGUGUAUUAAUGCACUCAAGAACAGUCAACAGUCAAAGUUGCAGCAGCACAUACCCUUUCGGGAAAGUAAGUUAACUCAUUUCCUUCAAGGAUUCUUCAGUGGAAAGGGGAAGGUAUACAUGAUAGUAAACAUAAGUCAAUGUGCUUCAGCAUAUGAUGAAACACUCAAUGUGCUAAAGUUCUCAGCCAUUGCACAAAAAGUUUUAGUUAUGGACACAUCUAUUCUUCCCCAAGAUCAGUCAUUUGGCCAGAAAUCGGCAAGAGAAUUAUCGCUACUUAGUGACACUAAAAUGCCAAUCCCAAGGAAAAGAACUACUAUCCUAUGGGACCGGAGCUUAGAAGAUGUGAUUGAAGAUGAUGAUGAUGAGAUGGAGGAACAGCAUAAUAUGUCAAGAGAAGAAGCAGUGCAGAUACGUGAAGAAAAUAAAGUUCUUAUUGGAAAAGAAGAAUAUAUGACGCUGCUGAGUCUCAUAGAAGAGUUGAAGAACAAACUUAUUACUGAAAAGAAGAAUAAGUUACUGCUGGAACUAAAAAUUCGUGAAGAAGUGACACAAGAGUUUACCCAAUAUUUUGCUGAGCGGGAAAUAGAUUUCAAAGAGUGCCUUUCUCACGAACGAGAACGGCUUGAAGAAAAUUCUGAAAGACGCCUGGAAAUCUUCAAGGAACUUGUAAAUGGUUAUGCUAAAAACACGGAUGAAGAAAAUAAAUUUAAGGAUCAGCCUUGCAGUGAACAAGCUGGACCUCUGGAUGAAGAAUACAGCAUGGGCCCAGGCACCUACAUUGAUCUUGAAGGCAUUAUUGAUUCUCUGCAGAAUGAUGUCAUUGAUCUCAAAAAGCAGGCAGAAGCAGCACACAGAUACAUUUUGUCCCUAGAGGACCCAAAGGAAGCUAUAGGUUGGCUUGAAAAACAACUGGGGAAAAUUACCACUGAACUAACUAAGACCAAAGAAGAGCUGACAAAGAAAACCAAUGAACUAACCAAAACUGAAGAAGAGCUGACACAGAAAACCAGAGACUUUGAAAUGCAGAUGACUAAAUUGGAUGAGUCUGCUGAACAGCUUAAAGAAGCAACUGAGAAAAUGAAUACACAGAAUAAAAGGAUUCAAGAACUAAUGGACAUUGUGGAGCAAAAAGAUGAUGUUAUUACAAGACUACAAGAUUUGAUAUCCCAUUUAGAAGAAACCAUAAAAGACUAUAACUUCAAAGUAAUUGAUCUUAUUUUAACACAGGACAACACCGUAACUACCAUUAAAAGAAAGUUGGCAGAAAAGAACUCUAACAAAGUGAUUGAAAGCAGCCAAUUCAAGGAUUGUGAGGAAACUGUAUUGGAAGUGGGAAGAAAACGUUGCUUUGAAAAUAACCCUACUGUGGAAGAAGAGCCACCUACAAAGAAAGGAGAUAUGAAGUACAGUUGGGAAGAUGACUCUCUAGAGCAAAGGAGAACUGAAUACGUGAAGACAAAUACUUCUGAGAACUAUGCAGAAAUACUAGCGCUGAAGGAAAGAACUGAAACUUUGGAAGGUCAGCUAGCUGCACUUGAAGAACAAUGCAGAAGAGAAAAAACCAAAAAAGAAGAGUUCAGUGGGCAGAUAACAAACUUGCAUCUCAAGCUCUCUGCUUCUGAAGAAAGUGCUUCUGUUUUAAGUGAGAAACUUCAGCAAUGUCAAGCUGACUAUCAGGAGAUCGUUUCUGAACUGGACAAACAGAAAACUAUAAAUAGGGAACAAGAAGAAAAGAUUAUUCGGCUAAAUAACGAAGUAGAAGGUGCCAAACAAAAUAUAAUUGCUAAAGUGUCACAAAUCAAAACAAUGCAGUCCAAAGCAGAUGAGUUGUAUAAAUCUCACUUAAAGUCUUAUGCUAUGGAUAUUGAUUUAGUUGAUCUAAAGGAUUCCUUAGACUCUCAAAAUGAUGAACCAGAGAGAGGUCAAAUGAGUCCUGUAUGCAUGCAGUCCCAAACUGCUUCUACAGCAGAUCUGAGACAGGAGAGCUCCUUUCACUGCAGUGUUGAAAGCAUUUGGGAAGAAUGCAAAAAUAUUAUUAAGGUGUCUUCACAAAAAAGUCAUCGGAUUCAAGAACUACUUCAACAAGUUGAAGACUUGAAGAAGGGACUUGAUGACACUGAGAAUUAUAAUAAUCAACUAAAAAUAAAAUUAAAUGAGAUUGCAAAUCAAGAUCGUCAGUCCGUAAAGGAAAAAGAUCUUAUGAAUCAGUUACAAGAGCAAAUCCAGAAGAAAACACAGGAUUUUGAAAAACAGGCUGCAGAAGAUCACAGAGUAAUUGCACAGUUGGAGGAGGAAGUUACCAGCUACAAGGGAAAAAUAAGAGAGCUUGAAUGCCUCUUGGAGGCUUUUAGAGCUAAAGAUGACAGCAUAACAAAGUUAGAAGAAGUACUUAAAGAAAAAGAAUCUAUUAUUUUAAAUCUAGAAAGUAAUGCAGUAGCUCUGCAAGAGAAAUGUGCCAAUUCAGACAAAAAACUGAAAGAAUUAAAUGAUCAAGAAGCAAAUCUGAAGGAGGAAGUUGUGCAGUUGAUGAACAGCUUGGAGAACAUGAAACGUUCUCUUCAGGAAAAGGAGAAAAAUGAGGAUGAGCAAAUACAAUCUAUAGAAUUGCUACAUAAAGAUCUUUCUGAGAGCUCUGCCCUUGUACAGAGUUUGAAAAAAGAUUUGCAGAGGAAAGAGGAAGAAUAUACGGAUUUGAAAGAUAAAUUUUCUGAUGCCAAGAAACAAAUUCAGCAAGUACAAAAAGAGGUAUGUACAAUGCGAUCUGAGGAGAAAUCCCUGAGGAACAAAGUUAAUGAACUUCAGAAAAUUAAAAACCAGCUUAGUGAAGAAUUAGAGAUGAAACAACGCACAAUCCUGCAACUUAAAAAGCAGUUGAAUAAUGAGAAGCUGGAAGAAAUCUCCAAACAGUACGAGAAAACACGUAAAGAUCUGUGUGCAAAGGAGAAAAUAAUUGAAGAUAUGCGGAUGACGUUAGAAGAACAAGAACAGACUCAGAUUGAACAAGAUCAAGUGCUUCAAGCCAAAUUAGAAGAGACCAACAGAUUAGUUUUGGAACUGGAAGCAUGGAAGCAGAAAUAUAGAGAGCUGAAUAACCAGAGCAGUAAUGACUGGCAGCAAAAGAUGAGCAAAAACGAGGAGAAAAACAUAAAUGAAAAUGAGGAAUUAAUAAAGCUGCAAAAAGAGCUGAAGGAAAAUGAGGCAAAGUAUCAAACUGAUAGAAAGAAAUGGAUGGAGGAAAAAAUGGUACUCAUAAGUCAAGUAAAAGAAGCUGAGAGCCAUCGCAACAGAGAAAUGAGAAAAUCUGCAGAGGACAGAGAACGUCAUGUAGAGCAGCAGGCAGAAAUUGAAAGACUUACUGCGCAGCUGGUGGAAAAGGACUGCAAUCUUCAAAAGUGGCGUGAAGAAAGAGAUAAAUUGGUAGAAGCUUUGGAAGUACAGCUCAAGACUUUGGCUUCUAACACCACACAAAAAGAUAAAGAAAUAGCAGAACUGAAACAGGCCGCACUAAAGGAUUCAGGAAAGGAUAAGGAAACUGAUAUAGAAGAACUAAGAAAACAGCUGGCUGAGAAAGAUGACUUUAUAAAGGAAUUGAAACAACGCGUUAACCAUGAAAGUCUUCGGUCUUUGGCAGAAAUACCUUUACCUGAAGAAGGACAAGAUAAAAUAGAUCAGUCUGUAAAAAAAGAGGACCAUUCAGAAAUUGUCCUUGACUCUUCUGAAGUGUCCAUGGAAAAUGGAAAAACUAGUCGGUUCCCAAAACCAGAGAUGGAAAUCCAGUUCACACCUCUGCAACCCAAUAAGAUGGAGGUGAAGCACCAAGGCAGCACCUUACCAGUUACAGUUAAAAUGCUCAAGCCAAGAAAGAAAAGGAAGAGUGAAGAGAUGGAUGAGGAUUUUGUGAAAAGUGAGAACAAGAAAAAUGCAAAACCUGCUAUGACUGAUUCACCUUCUACAAGCAACAAGAAAAUGAUGUCUACUACACAGUCAUUCAGAAAAGAAUACCCCUUAAGAAAGCAAGAAUCUACUUCAAGUAAAAGGUCCGCUAAAAAGAAAGAUGGAACACUACAAAAAAUUGGAGAUUUUUUCCAAAAUUCUCCUACUAUUAUUCACUCUAAAGCAAAGAAGCUGAUGGCAACAAUAACCUCUCCCAAGUCUGCACAACCAGAAGGUGUCAAAGAAAACGAGCUCAAGCCAAAACGAGCUAAGAGAAAGCUGUAUUCAACUGACAUUUCUUGCCCUCUAGAUAUCCCUGCUUCUUCAAUCUUUAUAGAACAAAAAGAGAAGGAAAGUGAUCAUCUAAUCAUCAAGCGACGGCUACGAUCAAAAACAGCUAAAUAA